AUGGGACGAGAGAUUGCAAGUAAACAGUCACCAUAUCGUCUUUCGUGGCCACAGAAGAUCGAUAACAUAAAGGAGCAUUUCAAGAAAGGUUUGCCACUUCGAGGGAUACAGUAUGCCGAUGCACUUGUGGCAUUCAAAGAGUGCACGCAUCAGUUUAUGGGAAUCUCAAGUAGACGAUCUAAACGCCUUAGAAGAUCAACUGGAUUACAAAUUCUUUAUGUGGAGGGAAAUGAAUUCAGGGAAGAAUUUUCAUCAUUGUCAGAAGAUCUUGUGUGGCUUCGCUGGGAUAAUUUUCCUCUAAGAAAUCUUCCAUCUUGGCUUACAUUAAGACAUUUAAGUGUUUUAGAGCUUUAUGGUGCUGAUAUGUUGGAAGACUUGUGGGACGACAAUGCGGAGUAUAAUGUUUACAAUCAAUCUCCUUUGCAAUUAAGAGAACUUAUCAUAAAGGGUGACAGAAAAUUGGAAUGGCUUCCAAGCUCAAUAGGACGUCUUCAAUGUCUGAAAAAGCUUGACUUCAAAUAUUGUGGUAGCAGUUUGCCAAAUGAGUUCUGUGACCUCCAUUCGAUGGAGUAUUUGAAAUUAUACUCUGAAGAGCUAUCUUCACUACCUGCUGAUUUCGGCAAUUUAAUAAGCUUAAAGCACAUAAGUCUGAAGUGGUUCAGGCAUUUGAUCUGGUUGCCAGACUCUUUCCAGCAGCUUAGACACCUGGAAGAUCUGGAUUUAUCAUUCUGUAAAAUGCUAUCGUCACUUCCUGAAGGUAUUGGCAAUUUCGUCUGCUUGAAGUAUAUAAAUCUGAAGUAUUGCACGCAGUUGAGGACAUUGCCAGAGUCCUUCAAGAAGCUAAUUCGCCUUGAACAUCUAUAUUUAUCCGGUUGUGCCAAGCGUAAAUUAAAAUUAGAUAUUCUUGAAAACAUCAGAAAGCUCAAAUUCCUGGGACUUAGCGGUUGCGAGGAAUUAGAAGAUUUGCCUAAUCAAAUAGUGAAUCAGACAUCUUUGAGAGACUUAGAUCUGACAGGUUGUAUCAAGUUGAGAGGUUCGCCAGCCAACAUUGGUGAACUGGUCAACUUGCAGUCGCUCACAAUUGAGAGUCUGAUGUUUGAAUGCUUGCAACUUUUUCUUGUAAACUUACCCUCUUUGAAUAGUUUCAAAGUUGAAGGUUCUGCCAGUGUCAGGACUGAAGACCCCGAACAAGUCUACAGGAUAUCAAUUUGCAGUGGUUGUUGUCCCAACCUUGAAACUUUCAGUAUUUGGAAAAGUAACCAUUUAAUAGGUAUAGAGACGGUGCCAGUGUCUCUGAAAAUGCUAUGA